CAACAAAAUAUUACUUAUUAGGUUUGUUAUAAUUUAUCAGGUCACUUUUGACUGAGCUAUUCAACUAUUCAGCUAUUUUGGCUUCACCAUGUCCUGCAAACGCCGCACACUCAGGAGUGAGGGAAUAGACAAACAUAUAUGGUUAGAACUUUUGCAACUAACUGCUGAGUACAAGGCUGUGAACCUGGGAGAAGGUUUUCCAGACUUUCCUCUUCCCAGCUUUGUUCAGGAGGCUCUCUUUAAUGCUAUCAAUGGAGGCUCUCAUAUGCACCAGUACACACGUGGUCAUGGGCAUCUACCUCUUGUCAAAAUCCUUGCCAAAUUCUUUGGGAGGAUUUUGGGCCGAGACAUCCAUCCCAUGGAGGACAUCCUGGUUACCAUGGGAGCCUAUCAGGCUAUUUUUUGUGCAGUUCAAGCUCUGGUCUAUGAGGACGAUGAAGUGAUCAUUUUAGAACCUGCCUAUCAUUGCUAUGAGUCCAUGACGGUAAUGGCAGGAGGAAAACCUGUCCAUGUGCCCCUCAAACCUCGAAAAGUCACCGGUCCAACUCUGUCCAGUGCUGAUUGGGAGUUCAGUUGUGAGGAGCUGACCAGUAAAUUUAACUCCCACACAAAAGUUAUUAUCAUUAACAAUCCCAGUAAUCCACUGGGCAAGGUAUUUCAGAGGGAAGAGUUACAGAUGAUAGCUGACCUGUGUAUAAAGCACGAUGUUAUUUGUAUCAGUGAUGAGGUAUAUGAAUGUCUUACAUAUGAUGGAGCACAACAUAUUAAAAUAGCGACUUUUCCUGGCAUGUGGGAGCGCACUGUUACCAUUGGGACUGCAGGCAAGAGCUUUUGUGUCACUGGAUGGAAGGUGGGCUGGGCAAUAGGACCAAGACACAUCUUGGACCACAUGCAAAAAAUCCACCAUAACUCUAUACAGCAUUGUCCUACUCCAACUCAGGAGGCUGUUGCUGUGUGUUUUCAAAGGGAAUAUGACACAUCUGGUACAGAAGAAAGCUACUUCACACAACAACUCAUGCUGCUCCAGGCUAAACGGCUCAGGCUAACUGAGUGCCUGAGGAGCAUUGGGCUGCAACCUUUUGUACCUGACGGCGGCUACUUCAUCGUCACAGACAUCUCCACCUUGAAAGUUGAUCUGAAUGACCCAAGCACUAAGGAUGAACCUUAUGACUACAGAUUUGUUAAAUGGCUUAUCAAAGAGAAGGGUUUGAGCACUAUCCCUGUAUCUGCAUUUUGCACCCCGGAACACAGGGCUGAUUUCCAGAACUACAUUAGAAUCUGCUUUAUGAAGGAUGACUCAACCCUAAAAUCAGCUGAAGAUAUUCUGAGAAAGUUGAAAGAGGAAAAAAUACAGGAUACAGAUUCUGUCUGAGAUUUUCAAAGUAUAUCUACGUCAUAUUGCAAUAUAUUGAUUGAUAAUCAAGCAAGUAGAAGAAUCUUGUCAUAUUAUAAUAUUGUUAAAAAUAGAGUUGUUUAAAAUCAGGCAAAACACAUGCUAAUAAACUGUACUGGCAUGUAUAUCAUUUUGGUCACUGAAUAAUUGUGGCAUGAUAACCAGGGUUAAGAUGUGUUGAGUAAGUGUGAUAUUAAAGAUCUACAUCAAGGUCCCCAGUGACAUGUUGUAUGUCAGUCAUUCUGAAUAACAAUAAAUACGGUUGAUAACAAGCAGAGCACACUGAUGGUUAUU